AUGAAUGGUACUGGAAGGCUAGAACAUCCUUCUGGGGCCGUUUAUGAAGGCGAGUUUAAAGACAAUAUGUGUCACGGGGUUGGAACUUACACACUCCCAAAUAGAGCAAAGUACAUUAGACCAUUCAAGGAAAACAAGAUGGAAGGUGAAGCAGACUUUAUAGAUGAAAAUGGAGUGGCCCAUUUCAUGGCUUGCCAUAAGUGGGACUGA